UGUGCCCUGGGCAAGUCAUUUAACCCCAAUUGUCUCAGGGGAAAAAAUAUUUAAAUCUAGUCCUGAUUCCAAAAUGCUAUUUUUCUGCUACAUCACACCUACAUUCAAUAAAACUUCACUAAAGUUCUAACCAAAUUCCAUAAUUGGAACACAAACUCUGAUAGAUUCUGCCAAGCUAAUAUGUGAAAUGGGAUAUCCCAACCAAUGUAGCCAAAUUCAGAGAGACAUAGGAAAGAUAAAUUUUAUUUUGAUCACAGUAAUCUUAUAUAGCAUUUGUUAUGUUACAGAAUGUUUAUAAUUUGCUUUAGAUUUACCUGUGUCAAUUAAAUUUUGUAUUUUUCAAGUUAGAAAUACUACUUUAACUUUAAAACACUGCAUGGAAGUGCCAACUAUGUGCUAACCACUGGAUAUACAAAUACUGAGAGAAGACCUUGCCCUCGAAGAGUUUAUAAUCUAAUAUGGGAAGACAAAACACAAAACAAAGUUGAAAAGUAAGGUGAGGAAGGGUCAAAAGAUGAGACUGGUGAAGCCAAAGAUGACCAAAAUGAAUGUAUAAAUACAAGAUCCUUUCUCACCCAUGGAUCCUUGGGAUCUUUAAGAGGUGAAAGACAUAUCAGACCAUUUUAUUCCUUCUUAUUAACUCUCGGGCAAUGUGAAUUAGUGGAAAAAGCAUUAAAUGCUAAAUUAGAAAACGGUCUGAAUUCUGAUACUUAAUAAUUUUUGAUUCCUGUAAAUAUGGAAAACAUGAAAAUAUUUGCAUUGCCUAUCUCACAAGAUUCUAGUAAAGUUCUAAUAAGAUGACAGGCAUCAGAGUAUGUUUUAGAUUACAAAAUGCUGUAUAAAUAUAUUGUAAGCCAUUUCAUUGGAAGUCAGAAAUAUGGAGUGGUAUACCUAUGGGAUUCUUUGUAAAUGCUUAUUUGGUAAUUGUUAGGAAGAUAGUGUUAAGUAUUUAUCAUCCAUAAUUAUUUGUAGUAUACACUUGCACACUAGAAGUUACAAUUUAUGGUGAUGUUUCUCUUGUUAGUCCUCAUCUCUGUUACCCAGCUGUUGAAAUGUUUCUUUUUUUCAUUAUUUAAAGAUUGUUACCCACUGGAGAGAAGGCAUUUCUGAUUUUACUUACUUAUCGAUAGGGAGUCUAAUUUUUAUGUUUUUGUAGUCAUGGAAUCUUAGAAUUAGAAUGAGCUUUGAAUUUCAGUGUUAUCACCAUUUUUACAAAGAUGUGUUCUAAGUUGUGGAUAUGGAAUAUGUGGAAUGUUGUCAGACUUGAUUAUUUUGUUGCUGGCUUAUCCUAGUUCUCACAAUCCAGUGUCCCUACUGCACCAUGCUGCCCAGCUUCUGACCAAGAGAACUAACAGAGAAUGAUAUAAAAUAAUCAUGUAUAUUCCAGUAACAUUCUGUGCAAUCACAAGGAAAGGAGAUAGAUGUGUUGGAAAGAAAACUGGAGUUAGAUGCUGUAGGACAGUGAAGCAAUUUGUAGAGCCAGACUGCUAGAUCUUCUGACUAGACCUCUCAUGACUGCUGACUGUCAUAGUUGUAUGACAGUUGGCAAGUCAUUGUCGAAUUGCUCCGUUUCCUCAUCUAUACAUUGUUAAGUUAUAGUGCCUCCUUUUUAUUAUGAAUUUUAAUACCAAAGAUAAACACUUCAGCGUAUAAAGAAAAGAGGAUUGGAUAUAAAAUUGAACUGUUUCAUAUAUUUCAGCCACUGCUUUCCUUUCAUAUAAUUCCCAAAUCUAUAUUUCUUGUUCUGACUCUCUCCUGAGUCCUAGAUAAAUAUCUUCAAUGCCUUUUGGACAUCUUCACCUGGAUGUCCCAGUGGCUUCUCAAUUUGAACAUAUCUAAAACUACAAUCAGCUUAUUUUCCUGUCGUCCUCUGUUGCUGUUACUGAUAUCUUUCUAAUUACUCAGGCCUGAAUCCUCAAUAUCAACUUUGAUUUUUCCCCCUCCUUCAUUCUAAAUAUUUCAAAAAAAAAUUUAAAGUAAAAAAUAAGUAAAUAAAUCCUGCAUUCUGCUUCCCCAGGCUAUCCCAAAUUAGGUUGUUUUUUUAUCUUAACAUAACUUUCUCACCUUAUUUCCCACUGUGCCUCUAUUUGUUUUACUCUGCAAACUUCUAUUGACUAUUCCCCAAAAGUAUCUUAUACUCUUACAAUUCUCUAAACUCCACAUAUGUGUUUAAAUUUCAGAACAUGGAGAAAUCUUAGAGGUCACGCAGGGUAAACCCUCAGGAACAGACCCAAAGAGGACAUGGUGAUUCAGCAAAAGAUCAAAAGGCAAGUGCUAGGAGAAAACAUUAAAUUCCAGUAUAUAUUCUCUUCUUCAGGUGCUACACGUAACCAGCUGAGCAAAGGCAGAACCAGCCGGCGCCCUGCCGCAGCACGAGUUCGUGUGGCUGUGAGACUUAGGCCUUUUGUGGAAGAGGACAGCAGUACCAGUGAGAGCUCCUGUGUCCGGGGCCUAGACAGCUGCUCCUUGGAAAUUGCCAAUGGAAGAAAUAGUCAGGAGACACUCAAAUACCAGUUUGAUGCCUUUUAUGGAGAAACAAGCACUCAGCAGGACAUCUAUGUUGGCUUUGUCCAGCCCAUCCUGCGCCACUUGAUGAAUGGACAGAAUGCCAGUGUGCUUGCCUAUGGUCCAACAGGCGCAGGGAAGACAUAUACAAUGUUAGGCAGCCCAGAGCAGCCUGGAGUUAUCCCUCGUGCCCUCAAAGACCUCUUGCAGCUUACCUGGGAGGAGGGUGCUGAAGGGCGACCCUGGGCUCUUGCUGUCUCCAUGUCCUAUUUGGAAAUCUACCAGGAAAAGGUAUUGGACCUGCUUGCCCCAGCUUCAGGAGACUUAGUAAUCAGAGAAGAUCGGUGGGGGAACAUCUUGAUCCCUGGGCUCACCCAAAAACCCAUUGCUUCCUUCACUGAUUUUGAGCAACACUUCCUACCAGCCAGCAGAAACCGGACUGUAGGAGCCACCCGGCUUAACCAGCGGUCCUCUCGGAGUCAUGCUGUGCUUCUGGUCAAAGUAGAACAGCGGGAACGCAUGGCCCCAUUCCGGCAGCGGGAAGGAAAACUCUAUCUGAUUGACCUGGCUGGUUCAGAGGACAAUCGUCGUACAGGCAACCAGGGCUUGCGACUGAAGGAGAGUGGAGCCAUCAAUGCCUCCCUCUUUGUGCUGGGCAAGGUGGUAGAUGCACUGAACCAGGGCCUGCCUCGUGUUCCCUACAGAGACAGCAAGCUUACCCGACUAUUGCAGGACUCUCUCGGAGGUUCAGCCCACAGUGUGCUAAUUGCUAAUAUUGCUCCAGAGAGACGUUUCUACCUUGAUACAGUCACAUCACUCAACUUUGCCUCCAGGUCCAAAGAAGUGAUCAAUCGGCCAUUCACCCAUAAGAGUUUUCAGCCUUCUAGUGAGAGAGUGAAGUUGGCCCAAAAAGAAUUGAUGGACCCUCCAGAAGCGAAGAGGGCCAGAAGCCAGGAAGAAUUGGAAGAUGGGACGAGUAGUCCAGAGCCCCCACCUAGUUGUCCCAAACUCAGCCCCCUGAAGCAGCUGAACACUCUAGAACCAGCUGUGCAAGAGCGCCUGCUAAACCUAGACCGAAUUCUGGAUUCCCGGGGAAGCCAAGGAGCUUCAAUUUUAAGCACACCACGAAGAGAGCGAACAGCCCUAGAAAAGGCUUUGAAAGAGAAGGACUCAGAGAUUCAGAGGCUGAAGGAAAAGUAUAAAGAACUGGAAGCCAACAGACUGAAUCAGAGGCCCAAAGAACUGGAGGAAGAGAAUGAUUCCCCAGCCUCAUCAGGUCCUCUUCCCAUGGGGACCCAAACAGUGCCUGUGACUAAACCUCUGAAUAGGGUUGUACCCUUCCGGCUAAUUCAGGAGCAGGCAACAUCUCAAAGCAAGACCAAUGUCCUGCAGAAAGACAGCCGGAAAAGGAAGCCUGAGCCGCUCUGCGGGCAGCAGGAGGAGCCGACCGAGGGGCUCCGCACCACCCUGGCGCUGCUGCAGGUGCCUCCGGACCUACUGGCGGAGAGCCGCAAGAAGAUCCUGGGCCUGCUCAACACCGGCUCCGCCAAGGAGCUUCGGAGGCUGCAGCGCAUCGGAGAGAAGAAAGCCCAGCUCAUCGUGGGUUGGCGGGAACUGCACGGCCCCUUUGCGGAGGUGGAGGACCUGGGGCGAGUGGAAGGCAUCUCCGAGAAGCAGGUGGCCACCUUUCUGAAGGCCAACAUCCUAAGCUUCGCUGCCGAGUGCUUCAGUGCCUUGCCUCGGAGGGAUGCCUGAGCGCCGCCGCCUGUGGACCCGAGCAGCCCCUGCAUUCUGUCCGUGUUUUACGGGAGGGGGAGGGAGGGUUUUGUAAAUAGAGUGUUUUGUCCAGUC